UGCGUUUCGUGUGGUGCGGCUCGCGUGCAUCGCCCGCCUGCCCUACCACCAGCUAAUACAUUUGCAAUGUAUAAAAGAAUUGGAUGGCUCCUCAUUGUCAUCUGUGAGUUGGUAUCCGCUGCAGUGCUGUGUUGUGUUCAAACAAAGCUACCAAGGAAUCCGAAAAUGCAGUCUUCCACCAUCAUCGUUUUGGCUUGUCUCGUGGCUGCAGUCGCAGCGAGCGUGCAUUACGACACUUACCCCGCGGAGGAAGUUCAAAAUGUUCAGGAUGUUCACGAGUCACUGAUCGACACACCAGAGCAUGAGAGGAGCGCACGAACGAAGAGGGGUCUGCUGCUACUUAAGAAGAAACUUCUCCUUGGUGCUUUAGGUUUGAAAGCAGCGAAGGUUGGCGUUGGUGCCGGGGUUGUCGGAGCGUUAGCCCUGAAGAAACACCAGUCAGUACCAACUAAGAUCACAGUACAAUCCGCUCGUCAUCACGCGCCAUCUAAAUACGUCGAAGUUCAUAGUUGGUCCGGCUAAGCUGCUUGGGAUUUCUGUUAAAGCAUCAUGUGCCGUAAGAAAUCAAAGAAGAAGCUUUAGAUUAUAGUACUAAGUAAUUUAGGAUAGUUAAAUCAAAGCUAAAACCAAUGGAUAAUCUAUAAACUCUGCGUCAGAUGUAUUGUUCUCGAAAAGGUAAAGCAAGACAUGUAAAAAAUUAUUGAAUUAAAAUUUAAAUGCCAUUUGCCAUAUACAGGCAUGACCGACCAUACAAACAAACAAAGGCAGUGACCCUCGAAGGCUGAAAAGCAUCUUAAAAGUUAAGGGGACCUUAAAUUAUAUUUGACAUUGUUUUUGUAUACAUACGAUAAGAUACUCUCUUAAUAUUUAAGAUGGCUUUUGAGUAUUCUGUCAAGAAACAAAAGAAAUUUGAAGUGCACAUUGUAUUAAUGUAAAAUUUUUGAUCAUUUAAAUUUUAAAGCCGUUUGGAUAUGUAAUGUAACUAAAUAGUGAAGGAUUAUGAAAUAAUUGAAAUGUUAAUUUUGGAUCAAACUACUAAGUGCCUAAUUCCGUUGUCAUUUUCCAUUAUUACAGUUUGAUGUGGGAAAAUGUAAAUAAAAGUUAUUUUGGGAAAGAAGCAAAUUUCAAGUCUGCCUUUGUUCACUGUUCAUGUAAUUCUUUCAGAGAAAGUCUUGGUUAAUGUAAAUACAUCUACAAAAUGUAGAGUAUGAGUUUGUUAUAACAUUUAUAACAAAUCUUCUAGGAUUAUAAGUAUUGUUCUGUUUUAAUUUGUAUUAAAAAUGUGUUUUUACAUU